UUGAGCCGAGUGCAGCUCCCUGGCCUGGCUCCACCUUAUCGGGGCCUGCAAACUGCUUUCAGGCUCCCACCCUAAAUCCGGACCGGCGCUAGUCAGCGGGCAGACGGGUUUCGGGUUCUGAAUUCCUUCCUCCUGGAGACACUCCGAGUUCUCCUUUCUAGUCUGAAAGCCCGCGGAGCAGACCGGAGUGACUGUAACGCCUGCUAAACCUGUCCUGGGAUCUAGGAAGCGCUUCCGAGUAGUCUUGCUGCAAGCCGGGAGUUAUUUGCUGGGAUGGGCCUUUACACACGUGCCAUGCAUUUUCCUUGGGUUUUGGAUGUGCUUCCGAGGGUUACUUGCCCAAAUCAUCCAGAUUCCAUUUUAGUGGAGGAUUACAGAGCUGGUGAUAUGAUUUGUUCUGAGUGUGGGCUAGUAGUAGGUGACCGGGUCAUAGACGUGGGCUCCGAGUGGAGAACGUUCAGCAAUGACAAAGCCACCAAAGACCCAUCUCGAGUUGGGGACACCCAGAAUCCUUUGCUCAGUGAUGGUGACUUGAGUACAAUGAUUGGCAAGGGCACAGGUGCAGCAAGUUUUGAUGAAUUUGGGAAUUCAAAGUACCAAAAUCGCAGAACUAUGAGCAGCUCUGAUCGUGCGAUGAUGAAUGCUUUUAAAGAAAUUACAAACAUGGCAGACAGAAUCAACCUCCCUAGAAAUAUAGUUGAUCGAACAAAUAAUUUAUUCAAGCAAGUGUAUGAGCAAAAGAGCCUGAAGGGGAGAAGUAAUGAUGCUAUUGCUUCCGCUUGUCUCUACAUAGCCUGUAGGCAAGAGGGCGUUCCAAGAACAUUUAAAGAAAUAUGUGCAGUGUCCAGGAUUUCAAAGAAAGAAAUAGGCCGGUGUUUUAAACUUAUUUUGAAAGCUCUGGAAACCAGCGUUGAUUUGAUUACAACUGGAGACUUCAUGUCACGAUUCUGUUCUAACCUGGGUCUUCCCAAACAAGUACAAAUGGCAGCCACCCAUAUUGCCCGGAAAGCUGUGGAAUUAGAUUUGGUUCCUGGGAGAAGCCCUAUCUCUGUAGCAGCUGCAGCUAUUUACAUGGCAUCACAGGCUUCUUCAGAGAAAAGGACGCAAAAAGAAAUUGGUGAUAUUGCUGGUGUGGCUGAUGUUACGAUUAGACAGUCAUACAGGCUGAUCUAUCCUCGAGCUCCAGAUCUUUUCCCAGCAGACUUCAAGUUUGAUACCCCAGUAGACAAACUACCACAGCUGUGAGAUUGCAGAGGGUUAAUUUCUGUUAACCCCCCCCCCCAGAAAACCCCAACAAAAACAAACUCUUUAUUUUUGCCUAUAAUAAAGGAUGUACAAAGUGUUAAUAUUGGGUCUUCGUGUUGUGGAACUGGAGGAUGUGGAGAUGGAGCAUAACUGCUGGAAGGCAGCAUACAUUCCAAGGGUAAACAAGCUGAUUGUGUGGCAUUUUGUAUGUAUAUAUUAGUGGAAGUAAAUAUUUAAUAUCUGUUGCAACAAAUUUCAUUUGAUACUGUUGUACUUAUUUAGAUUUCUUUUGUAGGGAUCUAGUAAGAUGUAUUUUGGAGAAUUUAAAAUAUUGUGUAAUUCCCAAAUAAACUGUUUUCCAAAAACACCA